UUGCAUUUGAUGAUCACUUUCAAUUCUCAAUUCUCAAUCUCACUUUCAAUCUCAAUCUCAACUCGUAUUGCAUUGCAGAACUCAAGCGAAAGCAAGACGCAGACGCCGCCGCUGCUGCUGCUGCUGCUGCUGCCGCGAACGCAGACGCCGCCAACGCUGCUGCUGCUGCGACUGCCGCUGCCGAUCUCGACCCGCUCUCGGCCAUGCUCGCCAAGGCAAACAGCGCGGGAUCAACACCGUUGAACGACCCGCUGUCGGGCGGUAUCAUGGACCCGCUGUCGGCGGCCGCGGCCAUGGGCGGCGCGGGAUCAUCGAUUGGCGGCACGGGCAGCAGCGCCAGCGGCCCAACCUCUGGCCUGAGCGGCCGCUUGAGCCUCGCGCACGACGUCGAUAUGGUUGCCGAUGACGGCGAGACCUUUGAGCCGUGGGUGGCACGCCGCGGCGCCAUCCUGCAAAAGUACACGACGUCGGAGAAGCUGUCCAUCGUCACGAGCUUCCUCACUGUCGGCGACAAGACCAUGCUCAAAGCCCAGUCGGCGCUCACGGACAAGGUGCGCCACCGCGUCGAGCAGCUCGACGACUUUGAGGGCACAGACCAGGAGAAGCUGGACGAGCUCUCCCAGCAGGACUACAUGAACCGCAUUGAGGAGCUCAACCAGGAGCUCAUCAAGGCCUGGGACGCCGACCAGCGCGUCAAGUCACUCAAGAUUGCCAUCCAGUGCGCCAAGCUGCUCGCGGACACGGCCGUCAUUCGCUUCUACCCGAGCAAGUUUGUCCUCAUUACAGACAUUUUGGACACGUUCGGACGGCUCGUGUACGACCGCAUUCGGCUCAAGUCGAGCUACUUUAAGCCUGGCGCCGUCAAGCCGGUCGUCCUGCCAGAAGACUUUACCCCGUCCAUGGUGCCCGACUCGGCCAAGGAGACGUGCCGCAACUGGUUUUUCAAGAUUGCCUCCAUUCGCGAGCUCAUCCCGCGCCUGUACGUCGAGACGGCCAUCCUCAAAUGCUACUCCUUCCUCACCACCGACGAGUACACGCACGCCCUGGGCCGUCUCUCAAAGAUGAUUCGCGGUAUCGGCGACCCGCUCGUCUGCGUCUACGCUCGCGCCUAUCUCUGCCGUGUUGGCUGGACGGUUGCGCCCAACGUGCGUGGCUACCUGGCGGGCAACCUGUCCGACUUUUUCUUUGCCUUCAAGCAGGUGCAGUCGUCCGCUGUGGCGCGCAUCCUGCAGGAGCAGAACGUCGAUCUCGGCUCGUACCUCAACCUCUACGCGCCGGCGGUCGAGUGGCUCCUCAACUGCAUCGCCUACCGAGCACCCGAAGCAACGCUCGAAAAGAUCUUGAAGCAGUACAACGACCAGUGCAAGUCGGCAGUCGUCCUCAACGCCAUUCUCACUGCCUUCCGUCCCACCUACGUGUCCUCCCAAGCGACCAUUUUCACCGAGCUGAUUCGCACUGCGGACUGCACCGGGUUUGCCAUUCACGAUCUGUAUCGCACACUCGGCACAAACCUCGUGUUGAGCGACCCGCCAGAAAAGCUCCGCUUGACCAUUCUCAACGAAGUAUGGAAGGUGGUCAUGAAACUCACCGAUCCCAUUCCGUACAUGAGCUGCGCCGAGGUGUGGAUUGAGUAUCCGGUCAAGCACUUUGGUGCCGCGCAAAUUAACGCCUUCUUGGGCGACGUGAUCAAGCAUGUCACUGUCGAUCGCGCUUUUGAAUCGUUCUACCCUCAACUUCAAUCGAUCGUGAACAAGGUUCUUUCACACAUUACGGACUUUGGCAUGCUGUUCUCAAUGGACAAGUUUAUGCCGUUCAUCGACCUCUUCCAAAAGGCAUCCAUCAAGGUGGAUGUCUGCAAGGCGGUCAUGGAGGCUUUUGUCAAGCGACAACUGGUGCCUACUGCCGACCCUGUUAUUCUCAACGCCCUCGUGUAUGUGGGCAAAGUCCUGCACGACGCCAUCGACGCCCUGUCCUUUGACGACGAGCGUCGACAGACUUCGAAUCUGAUUUGCGGCUUUUUGCGCAAGGUUUCUUUCGGUCGUGACCUCGAGCAACAACUCAACUUUUACGUCGAAGCGCGUGCCAACUUUACCAACCUGGACACGGUGCUCAUCCACCUGACCCAGUGUGCCAACACACUUGUUAUGCGCGCCCAGACCAUUGUGAAGGGCCGUCAUACCAAGAAAACGGCCGCAUUUGCCAGAGCCUGCAUUGCAUACUCGUUCAUCACCAUCCCGUCCAUUGUGGACGUCGUUUCCCGCCUCAACCUCUACCUGUUGGCAGGACAAGUCGCGCUGGCCAACCAGGCGCUCCCACAGGCCGACGCCUUCUUCCGCGCUGCUGUGACGCUGAUUCCCGAUAUUCCAAAGACCACAGAGAUUGACCUCAAGCAACGAUCGACAGAACCGAUUCUGGUCAGCUUCUUGCUCGAGUUCCUGUCGACGCUCCUCGUCGUGCCCGAUCAUCCCGACCACGGCAAGCUCUACAUGGUCAAGGGCUUGAUUAACAUGAUUCAGACGUAUCAGUGGGAGGAGAAUGGCGAUGGCAAGAUUCGUGUGUACAUGGGCAUUCUCUCGCUCAUGGCGUCGAUGCACCAAACACACUAUGCCUACCGCAUUGAAGGAGUCGAGUCCAACGACACGCUCUACGGUGGAGAGACUUCCUUCUUGGAAGAAAUCAAUAAGGUUGUUGUGGCCGUGAACGAGGAGAUUCUGACGCAUUUGGCCUCGCUGCAAGACAACGCCAAUGCUGAAGCCCACAAGCGACAGGCCGAUCUUGCCCUCCAGCUCUUCAACUUGGUGAUUUCGCUGUCGGAUCUGUCGUCGGCCAAGAAUGCAUCACUUGCCGUCAACCUGUGGAACCUUACCAAGCGUAACAACGCCUUUGACGUUGCGUUGAUGAAGCGGUCGGCAAACUACCUGAAGACGCUCGCUGGUGAAGUGGACGAAGCCAAGCGCGCCGCAUACGAGGGUGUUGUCGCUCGUCUCAAGUAAUUCAAUCAAAAAAAAAACCGAAAAACAAGCUACCGUGCAGAUAUCCACUUGUUGUUGUUGUUGUGUAUUCUUGAUGUUUUUUUGUUUUCUUCUUGUGGGGGUUUUGAUCUGUGGUUUCGAGUUAUUUUGUUUGUUUGUUUCUCCUUUAUGUGCUAAUACAACACAAAACACUGAA